AUGUCGGACUCGGCGGAUGCCUUCCUCGCCGGCAUCGAGGACGAAGUUCGAAGCAAGGCCAACAAGGACCGCACCAACAGCUCGUCCGGUCGAGACCGCGAGCAAGACUACAGCCGCCAUCGAGACAGGGACAGCCAUCGCGACCGAGACCGCAGGGACCGUAGAGCAGGCAGAGAUGGAUACGAGGACGACCGUGAUGCUUCCUCGAGCUCCCGCAAACGAAGGGACGCGGACGAUCGCGACGACCAUGACCGAUAUCCACGCAAGUCACAGCGUGACGAUCGGGACAGGCGCGACAGCUAUGAUGACGAGAACCGCCGUCGUCGACGCAGAGAGGACGACUACUACGGUACUGGAAGCGGGAGCAGAGGCAGCCGUGACGGAAGGGAUGGCUACUCGUAUCGACGAGAUCACCGCGAUCGGGGAGACGACCGAUACCCAGGCCGCAGGGACCGCUCGAGGUAUGACGACGAUGAUUACUACCACGAUCGCGGCAGCAGGAGCCGCGGUGGUGACUGGAGAAGCGCCGAGGGGCGUGACAGCAGCCCUUCGGUGCGUCGCAGUCCCACACCGGAAGGCACUCUCCCCAUCAGCGAGCGACCUAGGCCGGACUCGAAAUGGGACAUCCCCGCCCCUGGGUUCGAGGGCACCAGCGCUCUCGCUGCCAAGGCAACCGGCCUGUUUGGCAUCCCUGGUCAGACUCGGCUGGUAGGCAUGCCGCCCGUGAACCUCGGUGUCAACGGUCCAGGCGUGCCGCCCGGUGUGGGAUUGCCGCUGCCGCCCAUCCACAUGGGCGGGCAACCGAUCCAUCCUCAUCGCGGUGGACCUCCUCAUUUCCGCCCAUACCCGCCUCAGCACGACCAUGGCUAUCAGUCUCACCCCUCUAUGCAUCAGCAACAGCCGUACGGUCGAUCGCAGCCCUACCCUCCCCACGCUGGCCACGGCCCCGACAACGGCGCUCACCCUUCCUCGCAAGGUCCCUCGCCCGCCGAGCUCGCAACCCAAAACGCCAACCGCCAAGCACGUCGUCUCUACGUCGGCAACAUCACGCACCAAACCACCGAACCCAACAUCAUCGCAUUCUUCAACGAACAGAUGCACAAACUCCAACUCGGCACCGAACCGGGCGAUCCGGCCGUCUCUGCGCAGGUCAACGUCGACAAGGGUUACGCAUUCGUUGAGUUCCGUCACCCUGAGGAGGCGACCAACGCCAUGUCUUUUGACGGCAUCGUCUUUCAAUCCCAAUCGCUCAAGAUUCGACGACCGAAAGAUUACACGGGACCGGACGUUCGACCUCCCCUCUCGAUCCAUGUGCCAGGUGUGAUCAGUACGAAUGUGCCCGAUUCGCCGCAUAAGAUCUUUGUCGGUGGACUGCCGACGUAUCUGACGGACGACCAGGUGGUAGAGCUGCUGCAGGCGUUUGGCGAACUGCGCGCGUUCAACUUGGUCAAAGAUGCAGGGACGGGUGCGUCGAAAGGGUUUGCGUUUUGCGAAUAUGUGGACACCGCAUUGACGGAUCUAGCGUGUCAAGGGUUGAACGGGAUGGAGUUGGGGGAGAGGAAUUUGGUGGUGCAACGGGCGAGUGUGGGGAGUGAGAAGAAGGCUGCUGCCAUCGCCACCCCGGUGGGGGUGCCGAGCUUUGCAGGUGAGGGAGGGGAUGCAGGCGAGCCAACACAAUGCAUGGUGUUGUUGAAUAUGGUCACCCCCGAAGAGCUGCAGGACGACGAGGAGUAUGCGGAUAUCGUAGAGGACAUCCGGGAGGAGUGUGCGAAGUAUGGAGUGGUCGAGGAUGUGAGGAUUCCAAGGCCGGCGAAGGAGAGCAAAGGGGCGGCCGCACAGGCGUGGAAGCGCACCCAGGCAGAGACGAGCGCAGAUAGCAAGGAGAGGGAAGGGGUAGGAAGGGUGUAUGUGAGGUACAGAGAGACAGAAGGGUGUGCAGCCGCGCUCAAGGCUAUUGCGGGGAGGUCGUUUGGGGGCAGGACGGUCAUCUGUGCCUUUUUGAAGGAGGACGACUGGCCGGGUGAUGAGGAUGGAGGUAGGGAUGCUGAUGAUACUGCUACCCAGGCGAGGGGUGGGGCUGCUGCUUAG